GCAAACUGCUUGGGAGUGGAAGAAUUUCGCGCUAAUUGUAGCGACUUUUCUGCCUAAAACAACUUUGACCGGUCGCCACAACCUACAGCCAAUGAAGUAUUUGGGGAGGAGUUUCUAAGUUGAUGAAGUUUCAUGCCUCGGUUGAAGGAGAACUAAUCUAAGUGGAAGUAGUGCCUUGAUAGAAGGCAGUCGUCACCAUGGUGAUUCUAACAAAGGGUGAUUGCGUGUGGCUUGAUGACCCACGGAAGACGAGUAAUGAGGUGCCCAUUGGGGCCAUGGUCAAAGUCGCUGAUUCUGGACAGCUUCAGCUUCGAGAUGAUGAAGGAAAGGACCAUUGGCUGUCCCUUGAUGUGGCCUCCAAGCUCCGAACGAUGCAUAUAUCAUCUGUGGAAGGGGUGGAAGAUAUGAUUAGACUCGGUGACCUACAUGAAGCUGGUAUCCUGCGCAAUCUUCUCAUUAGAUACAAAAAUAACCUCAUCUAUACAUUCACCGGUUCCAUUCUGGUUGCUGUCAAUCCAUAUCAAGUCUUGCCAAUCUACAACGUGGAACAAAUCAACCUGUAUAAAGAUAAGAGAAUCGGAGAGCUGUCUCCACAUAUCUUUGCCAUUGCGGACAAUUCUUACUAUCGGAUGAUCAGAGGCCAGAAAGAUCAAUGUGUUAUCAUCAGUGGUGAAAGUGGAGCCGGUAAAACAGAGAGUACAAAGCUGAUUCUACAGUUUCUAGCCGCAGUGAGUGGACAACAUUCCUGGAUUGAGCAACAGAUUAUUGAGUCUAACCCCAUCAUGGAAGCCUUUGGAAAUGCCAAGACGAUACGUAACGACAAUUCCAGUCGGUUUGGCAAGUACAUCGAUAUUCACUUCAGCAACAAAGGUGUGAUUGAAGGAGCAAAGAUUGACCAGUACUUGCUAGAGAAGUCUAGACUUGUAGGCCAGCUCCCAGAUGAGAGGAACUACCAUAUCUUCUACUGUAUCCUUAAAGGCCUGUCACCAGAUGAGAAGCAAAGACUGGAGUUAGGAGAAGCAGAAGACUAUAAUUAUCUCAUCCAGGGCAACUGCAUCUCCUGUGACGGUCGUAAUGACAAGAAGGAAUUUGCUGAUAUCCGCUCCGCUAUGAAGAUCUUGACAUUUACUGAUUCUGAGAUCUGGGACAUCAUGAGGCUGCUGGCGGCUAUCUUGCAUUUUGGAAACAUAGAGUAUGAGGCGAUAGAGGCAUCCAAUCUUGAUGCAACAGGAUUUAAGAGCCACGUAGAGCUGGGCAUCAUCUCCAAACUUCUAGAGAUUAACCAGCGAGCUCUUGAAGAAGCCAUGACCACCAAGUCUACCAUGGCACAAGGUGAAGUCAUUAUCUCUCCAGUCAGUCGACAUAAAGCUAUUGAUAUGAGAGAUGCUCUGGUUAAGGCAAUCUAUGGACGUAUGUUUAUCUGGAUUGUCACCAAACUAAAUGAGGCAACCUACAGGGCACCUGUAGACCGGAAUGCAAAGAGACUUAGUAUUGGCUUGCUGGAUAUCUUUGGCUUUGAGAACUUUGGCAAGAAUAGUUUUGAGCAGAUGUGCAUCAACUACGCCAAUGAGAAUCUGCAACAGUUUUUUGUUCGACACAUCUUCAAACUUGAACAGGAAGAAUAUGACCGUGAAGGCAUCAAGUGGCAGCAUAUCAAGUUUGUAGACAAUCAAGAAACUCUGGACAUGAUUGCAGCCAAACCCAUGAACAUCAUUGCAUUGGUUGAUGAGGAGAGUAGAUUCCCAAAGGGAAGUGACAAGACGAUGUUGAACAAACUGAACCAGCAACAUGGACGCAACCCUCUGUUUGUCCGAUCCCCAGGAGCACACAGUACUCAAUUUGGUAUUAACCACUUUGCAGGCACCGUCUUCUAUGAAGCCAUAGGUUUCCUUGACAAGAAUCGUGACACCUUCAGUCCAGACUUCAUCAAGCUCAUUGAGACAGCCGGGAACAAAUAUCUAAGACGUCUGUUUUUCCAAGACAUUAAACAGAGCGGAGACACUCGUAAGAAGUCGCCCACUCUAGGCACACAGUUCAAGAAGUCUCUGGAUUCACUCAUGAAUACUCUUGGACAAUGCCAGCCAUUCUUUGUUAGAUGCAUCAAGCCGAAUGAACACAAGAGGGCUGGGGAGUUUGAGCGAGACCUUGUUGUGAGACAGUUGCGAUACUCUGGGAUGAUGGAAACCAUAAGAAUCCGUCGUGCUGGCUACCCUAUCCGCCACACCUUCAGGGAGUUCAUUGAUCGAUAUCGGAUGCUAGUAAUGGGUGUCAAACCAUCUCAUAUGGAAGACUGUAAAGCUGCUUCUAUAAAGAUCUGUAAAGCUCAUCUUGGGACUCAAGACUGGCAGCUUGGUCAUCACAAGGUGUUCCUGAAGGACGCCCAUGAUCUUCACCUGGAGUUAGAACGAGACAAAGCCUUGACGGCUCGCUGCGUCAUCAUCCAAAAGGUCUUCAGAGGUUGGUUCUAUCGCAAGAAAUUCCUUCUGAUGAGGAAAAGUGUCACAAUCAUCGCGAAGGCCUGGAAGAAGUAUGCACAAAGGAUACGCUACUUGAAGAUGAAGAGAGGUUACCAGCGCCUGCAGGCCGUUCUGCGUGGAAGGGUGCUCACUUACCGGUAUCAGUUUAUGCGCAAGAGACUUCUGCGAUUCCAGUCUCACUGCCGUGGGUUCAUCAUCCGUUCUGAGAUCAACCACUACCUGGCAAGUAUCGUCAAGAUCCAAGCUGGUUUCCGUAUGGUACUGCAGCGUCGAAUCUAUAAGAAGCAACUUGCAGACUACCGACGAAGAAUAGAAGCCGAAAGGAUACGCAAAGAAGAGGAGAAGAAAUUGAAGAAACAGAUUGGAGCUAAGAAAGCUAAAGAAGAAGCUGAGAGGCGGAUGCAACAGCGUAUUCUUGAGAUGGAACAAGCUGACCUAAGACAACAGGAAGAGGAAGAGCAUGAGAAAGAAGCUAAGAAAGCUGCCAUUGCUGAAGCUGAGAGGAAACGCAACAUUGAGCAGUCCACUGAAGAAGUUGUUGAUGAUCUCUUUGGGAAGUAUGAGGAUGAUGGGACGCAAGCAAGGGGGCCUAGGGGCUUCGAGGAUUUUGAGGAAUCUCGUCAAGCAGCCAUUGACAUUGGACCUGAUGAUCAAAUGAUGGCACCAGCCGUACCAGAAUCUGAAGAAGAUAUCUCAGAGUAUAAGUUUGCUAAGUUUGCUGCCACCUACUUCCAAGCUGGGGCUACAACUUCAUUCAUUAAACGGAUGCUCAAAGAACCUCUUCUAGAUCUGAGAAAUGAGAAUGACAGACAGGCUGCUCUGGCUGUAUGGAUUACUAUUCUACGCUUCAUGGGUGAUCUUCCUGAACCCAAGGCUCAUUCUUCGGUAGUUGACAGAGAUGGCAAGUCAGUUAUGACUAAGAUUUAUAACACACUUGGAAGGACACGAGGCAAGAAGGAGCUAGAAGAAGCUAGAGAGAGUAUGAAGGAUGACAAUCUGCCACCAAUGUCUGCCCAUGUGGGUACCGGUCGAUCUAAUAAGAGCACUAUGCGUAAAAAGCUGGUAUCCCUGACUCUGAAGAAGAAAUCCAAGAUAACCCAGGAGGUAGCAGACCGGAUCCGAGAUGGUGAUGAGGUUGAACAUAACAACACCAUGGUGAUUGAUCGACCAACAUCUAAUCUAGAGAAGCUUCAUUUUAUCAUUGGGCAUGGAAUCUUACGACCUGAGCUCAGGGAUGAGAUUUACUGCAUGAUUUGCAAACAGUUGACUAACAACCCAUCUAAGAGUAGCCACGCCCGUGGAUGGAUCCUUCUGUCUCUUUGUGUCGGAUGCUUCUCUCCUACUGACAGGUUUGUGAAAUACCUACGCUGUAUGAUCAGUGAGGGUCCAAUCGGCUAUGCACCCUACUGUGAAGAAAGACUGAGACGAACUUUUGCAAAUGGGUCUCGGACUCAGCCUCCUAGCUGGCUGGAGCUACAGGCCACUAAAUCCAAGAAGCCAUUAAUGCUUCCCAUUACCUUCAUGGAUGGAACAACUAAGACUCUUCUUGCUGACUCUGCAACAACAGCUCGAGAACUCUGUAGUCAACUAUCGGAGAAGAUUGGUUUGAGAGAUCAGUUUGGUUUCUCUCUCUAUGUGGCGCUGUUUGAUAAGGUAUCAUCAUUAGGCAGUGGUGGCGACCAUGUUAUGGAUGCUAUAUCACAGUGUGAACAAUACGCCAAAGAACAAGGAGCCCAAGAACGUAAUGCACCGUGGCGUUUAUUCUUCAGGAAAGAGAUCUUUGCUCCAUGGCAUGAUCCUACGGAGGAUCCGAUUGGAACUAAUCUUAUCUAUCAACAGAUUGUGAGAGGGAUUAAGUUUGGUGAAUAUAGAUGUGAUAAGGAUGCUGAUUUGGCCGGCAUAGCUGCCCAGCAAUACUACGUAGACUACGGAGCUGAUAUGGUCUAUGAUCGUCUUAUCAACCUCAUCCCGACUUACAUCCCAGAUAGCUCCAUGACUGGAUCCAAGACGCUGGAGCGAUGGGCACACAUGGUCCUUCAUGAACUCAAAAAUAGCUACUACGUCAAGGAACAUGUUGACAAGAUGCGUGUGAAAGAAGACGUAGUGAACUACGCUCGCUACAAAUGGCCGCUGCUCUUCUCUCGUUUCUAUGAGGCGUUUAAAUUCUCAGGGCCCAGUCUGCCUAAGAAUGAUGUGAUUGUUGCAGUCAAUUGGACCGGUGUGUACGUUGUUGAUGACUUGGAACAAGUUCUUCUGGAACUUUCCUUUCCAGAGAUCACACAGGUGUCUAGUAGCAGGACGGGUAAACUCCACGGCCAGAGCUUCACUGUUCUGACGGUCAAGGGUGAUGAAUACACCUUCACCUCUUCAAACGCUGAGGACAUCCGAGAUCUGAUCGUCUUCUUUCUUGAAGGAAUGAAGAAGAAAUCUCGCUUUGUUGUAGCUCUUCAGGAUAACCCUGAACAAGGUCAAGGGUCAUCUUUCUUGAGUUUCCAGCGAGGUGAUCUGAUCAUCCUGGAGCAAGAGAAUGGAGAUACAUUAAUGGAGAGUGGUUGGUGCUAUGGUGAGAAUGAUCGCACUGGACGUAAAGGGGAUUUCCCGGCAGAGUGUGUUUACGUUCUUCCUGCUACCUCUAAACCUGCUCCUGACAUUGUGGCGUUGUUCACAAUGCAACCCCAGGAGAUGUCUGAUCGUAUGCUUGCAUCUCAUGAAGAAGCCAUGAAGAAUGGCGAGACUCAUCACAGACAACAUACCCUGGAGGAGUUUGCUAUUGAUCACUUUAGGCCACCUCCCAAGAGGACAUUGAGUAGGGCUGUAAAGCGUCGUACUAGGGAUAAUCUUUGGAGUCACACCAAGGAAGCUAUAAGACAACCUCUGAUGAAGAAACUGCUGAAUAAUCCAGAGAUGGCUGAACAAGCCUGCGAUGCUUUUGAAGCUGUUCUGAAGUACAUGGGUGACUUCCCAACGAAGAGGUCAUAUCGUCAUGGUAAUGACCUGUCAGAUAAGAUCUUUGAAUCUCCGUUGAAGAAUGAGCCGUUGAAGGAUGAGAUUUAUUGUCAACUUAUUAAACAGCUGACGGAUAACAGGCUCAAAUUGAGUGAAGAGAGAGGUUGGGAGUUAAUGUGGCUGGUUACCGGCAUCUUUGCCUGUAGUCAAACCCUUAUGCCAGAAGUCACUAAGUUUCUACGUUCAGGAGAUAACCAUCUAUCUGCCGACUGCCUCCAUCGAUUGCAGAAAACCAUUCGUUAUGGUCAGCGUAAAUACCCCCCUCACUUGGUGGAAGUAGAAGCCAUUCAACACAAGACUACGCAGAUAUUCCAUAAGGUGUACUUUCCUGACGACACGGAUGAGGCUUUUGAGGUGGACUCAGGAACGCGGGCUAAAGAUUUCUGUCAGAGUAUCGGCCAACGUCUUCGGUUGAAGUCCUCGGAAGGAUUCAGUUUGUUUGUUAAGAUUGCUGACAAAGUGAUCAGUGUCCCAGAGGGUGAUUUCUUCUUUGACUUUGUACGUCAUCUGACAGACUGGAUCAGGAAAGCUAGACCAAGUAGAGAAGGAUCCAUGCCUGUCUUAACCUACCAGGUAUUCUUCAUGAAGAAGUUAUGGACCAAUACAGUACCAGGUCGAGAUCCAAACGCUGAUGUCAUCUUCCACUACCAUCAAGAGCUUCCUAAGCUCCUACGAGGUUACCAUAAAUGUUCCAAGGAGGAAGCUGCUCAGCUAGCUGCUCUUCAGUACCGAGUCAGAUUCAGCGAUGAUAAAUCUGAGUUUCAGAAUAUUCCUAGGAUGAUGAAGGAAUUACUGCCGUCUGAUAUGAUUCGGGUUAUGUCUCCUGAGGAUUGGAAGAGGGCUAUUGUUGCUGCUUAUAACAAACAUUCUGGCAAGUCUAGGGAUGAAGCUAAGAUUGCUUUCUUGAAGAUCGUUUACAGAUGGCCAACGUUCGGCUCAUCUUUCUUUGAAGUCAAGGAAACAUCAGAACCGAAUAUGCCAGAGAUUCUUCUGAUUGCAAUCAAUAAGCUUGGGGUGAAUUUGAUUGACACUCGCACUAAGGAGACCCUUGCCACGUACCCCUUCACUAAGAUUUCAAAUUGGAGUAGUGGUAAUACCUACUUCCAUAUGACUAUCGGCAAUCUAGUCAGGGGAACCAAGCUACUAUGUGAAACAUCACUGGGCUACAAGAUGGAUGACCUAUUGACCUCUUACAUCAGCCAAAUGUUGACCAACAUGAACAAGCAACGAGCCAACAAUCGCAAGUAAAUCAUAUAUAUCCCUAAUCAUCCCUCAAACCAGUUGUACCAGCUGAAACCGGAAAUAUUACUAGUUCAACUCUCUGGAACUGGAUACAACAAGUUUACAAUAGUACAGUUAGCGUAAACUAGAAAUAACCAGUUCACAACUGUGUAGCUAGCUGACACUGGAAAUAACCAGCUCAACUAGCUUUAACUGGAUACAACCAGUUAAAACAAAAGUUCUAUUUUUAAACAGUACAGCUUUUGUUAAUAAUUUAUUUUUACCAAAAAAGCCACAGCAACUGCAAGUAAUAUGCAUUUUUAUAUUGGUUUACAUGCUAGACGGAACUGGAUUAAACUAGUUCCAUCCACUUCCUGCCAGUUGUGUAGGAUUAAUUUCUACCAGUACUUUUUACAGUAACAUUCCUGGGUUGACUGCCUCAACCCCACUUACUUGUUUAUAUGAAAUAUCAUCAUAUGCAAGUAAAGUAUGUACUACUUACCAUUCCAGUCUAGUUCUUAGCAGGUUAUAGUAGAUGACCUGCUGGAACUAGAUUCAACCAGUUUAGACUGGAUGUAACUUGUUAAACGGGCUCAGACCCGUUGACUGUUUGGUUGCUUGUUAUUUGCCCCUUACAUGUGCCUUGUACUGUAUGGGAAAUAACGUCAACCUAUGUUGAUCAUACACAUCAUUCCAAUUCAGUUGUAAGUUGUUUGUACUAGCUUGAGCUGUGUUAAACAAAAUACAUUUUUUAAUGACUCUGAGCAGUCGGCAAAUAGAGUAUUUGAUAACGUACACAUACCCAUUAUUGCAAACCAGUUAUGACUAGUUUAGACUAGUUUAGACCAGUUUUAACAGGAUUUUUUUUCAGUGUGAAGUAUUUGUUUUCCAGUUUUUAUGUUGUGGGUAUCAGUCAUUGUGAUUUUAUUUUGAGGUUACUGGGACUAACAGUAGUAAUCCGCUGGUAAUUCAAUUGUAUUUACUAAGUUUUACAACCCAGAAUUUAGUUCUUGAAAAGUUAUUUUUCUUUUCUUUAUUUGUGUCUACAGCAUUACUCUCUGUAUAUUUGGUUUACUUUUUUCUUGUUAAUGGGGGUUUAUAACAUUGGAAUGAAUACAUAAUACAAACUUAAUCUUGGUGCAGACAUUCAUUUUCCCAGAAGGUUAAAAUAGACUGGUUCUUUUUGGUUCAAAUGAUAACAAGUGUACUUAAAUUGUAUUGGUCAUUGGGAACAUUACAAAGAUGGUGGAAGUUUAGGCAAUGUUUAGAGAUAUUCUAGCAAGUCCAUAGAGAGGGUUGUGGGUUUGAAGAUAUUAAAAAGAUAUUUAAGCGUGAAUCAUAUUUACUAGAUUGAUUUUGGAAAAAAGGAGGGGUGCAUUGGAUCAUGAAUAUGUUUCCCUUUGAAUUAUAACACCCCUCUUUUCAAAUGAAUAAAGUCUGCUUGUUGGUGCAUUAGAAUUGUUAUGAUGGCACCCUCCAUUUGGUCCCUGGGGAUGAGGUAAAUUGUUUGCUCUAUCAUCUGUUUUUCUGUGUGUUUGUAAAGACACAUUGCUUCAAGUAAAACUCAUACUAACCACAGAACAAUCUCUGUGUUUGAUACAAGUAUAUAACUUGUGUUACAUGAACUGCAACAAAUUAGAAUGCUUAAUUUGUGUCAAAAAUAUUCCACCUGAGUUAACAUGUUUGAUUCAGAGUGAGAUCGUCCACACAUGUCGGAAGUUGCUUUAUUUUGUAUUUCAAAUUAUGGAGCUCAAAAGAAAUUGCUGCAAAUACACUGUAGGGGAUCUUUGUACAUAAGUCUCGUGUGAACUAGAAACAAAAAAGGUCAUGUAGUCAUUUUGCAGUCACAGUUGUUGGGACCUGCUAUCGUUCUAAUAUUCCGUUUUCUAAAAACAAGUCUAGAAGCGAAUCAUGCAUAAUUCAAAUAUGUUUAUAGUAUGUUUUUAAAAGGGCGCUCGGAAGCAUUCAAAACAGUUCCUUUGCAUAUUCUUCCUCAAAAUAACUACAAGUGUGUGGGGAUUUAUCUUCUCUUUUUUGUCUUUACCUGUUUUAAAAGAAGUAUUCAAUCAGGUUUUUUGAAGUUAGAAACAACCAAAUAAUAAUCUGUAGUAAUUUGUACUCCUAUCUUAUAGAUGAAUUUGUAUAUUAGCAAUCAUUAAACAGAAUAAUGUUGCCGCUUUAUGGUUGUAGUUUCAGACCAACCAAUGUUUGACAACUUUAUGUAUAUUUAUGCUAUGAUGUUACAGUAACUAUAUUUUAUGCCUUUAAGAUUGUUAGCGAAUCAACGAGUAAUAAUUUAAACCUAGUGCCUUUCAUACAUUAAUCUUACCAGAUCUAUUAUAAUUUCUUACUUUUUCAUAAAAUUUCAAAAUUGUUGGAUGAUUUAGAAUAAGAAGUGAUUUUUCCAGAUAUUAAUAGAAAAGCAAGAAAUAAAUCAUUGUUUGAUUAAUAACUGUA